GCCAAAACGCAGCAAACGCGACCUGCAAUGAACAAUAUUUCUUUAUAAGCGCGAACGCAAUCCAAUGCCAGAUUGGCGUUCGCAAUUUGAGGAACACUAUUCCCAGUACCUGGAUUCAGCACUUGUCUUGGCUAUUGUCAACGAUUGUGAGAAUAGCGACAGUGCUAAAGAUGUGUUGGAACUACUGAAAAAUGACGGUCAAUGUUUGACCCAUGAAGAUGGUUGGAAUCAAUCCACUACACGAGAGAAAGAAAAUGAAAUUUUACAUAGUUUAGACGAUGAAUUCAACAAAGAACAUGAAGUUGACUAUUCAGAAGAAUUGACAAAUUCUCUAUAUGAUUUAGAUGAAACUGUUUAUAAUUUUUUACGGUCCAUGUUUCAUGAUAUUGCACCGCAGCGUGUGCAGUAUGUCCUUUAUAAAUGUGAAAAUGAUCUUACUCGCGCCAGUGAUGAAUUAUUAAAUCAAGAAGUACUUGAAAAGAACGAAGGCCUUAGAAAUGCUACCGAUGCUCUUUUUGCAGCUCCCAACGUCUCUCAUCGUUCUCGGCAGCGUAAACGAAAAAAUAAAAAGCCCAACGCUUCGCGUAGAGCCCCCUGGAAAGACGAUUUGUAUCUAAGCAAUGCAAAUAAAUCCGACACUGACGAAGAAUUGGCUCAGUUUACUGCGAACAAACUUUCCUUUUGGGAAAGAAACCAACAACUUUUUGAAAAGAUCUCCUCUAUUUUGGAUAUUGCUAACUCGCGAGUCAGCCAUGAAUUUUAUAAGCAUUCUGGGUCAUUAUACUUUACAGUGAACGCUUUGCUACGGAAGCAUCCUUUGUUGACAGAGACCUUUGAGAAGUCAUGUCAAGAUACUGCAUCUGAACUUUCCAAAAACACUGGUCUUGCGUUUCAAUUUUGCUGUGAACUUAUAACCUGUAGUAAAGACUUGCAAGGAGCAAAAUGGAUUGCUUACGCCGUCAAGCAAUCACAACCGAAAGAUACGACUAAAUUGGAACUUGGUUUACUUGGUAAUGAAAAGCCUAAAGCAAGCCAAUUGCCUUCUUUAAGUCGUAAUAUGAGUGAACGAGAUGAUUCAGUGGAAACGUAUUCCGCAGAAGAAUGUAAUCGUCUAGCGGACGAAUACUUGGAUUAUCGAAAUGCCGAGUACGCUGCUUCUGCGAGAGAUUAUCGAAGAAGCAGAAGUGAUCGAUUGCUUGGUGGGUCUGCAGCUUACCACGCUCAAGUUGGACGACAAUAUCAUGAAAAAGCUAUGAAAUGGCGAGGUUUAGCCAUGAGGUCUUUAGUUCAAACUGGUACGCCAUAUUCGUUGGAUUUGCAUGGUGCCACUGUUCGUGAGGCUAAAAGCAUCGUUGAAGAGAGAGUCUCAAGUUGGUGGGCAAAGGAAGCGGAUUCUUCUCCGAAUUGUAUACACCCCUUUAGAAUUAUUACAGGGAUUGGUAAUCAUAGUGUAGGCAUGGAAGCUAGGCUUUUACCCUCCAUAGUUCGAUGGUUACAGCAAAAUGGUUGGAGAUUUGAGGUAAAUCAUGGUCAAGUUGAGGUUUACGGUGCUAUUAUCAAGAAGAAGAAAUAGUUGUUUAGUACUAUACACUCCGAAGAACCUAUAAGGUUUGUUAUAUAUAUAUAUAUAUAUAUAUAUA